AUGAUCAAGAACCAUAUGUCCUUGAACCUGGUGUCAACCAAGGGUUGCUGUAUGCUCUGCUCGUUUUCAGGAUACUUCUUCACCCUGCGGGACAGCGACCCUGAAAACGAGGACAUUUACUCGUGGAUGUCGCCUGCUUGGAUCAUCCUUUUCUUCGGCGCGUUCAAUAUCGGGCUAGGACCAAUCUCCUGGUCGCUGUUAGGCGACACGAUGCCGUUCGAAAUCAGGCUACCGGUCGCAGCUGUCGUCGUCUGCCUCGGCUGGCUAGUGUCGCUGAUAUCCACCCUGACUUUCGACGAAAUGAUCAUCGCUCUCGGCGCUACCAAAGCCAUGUGGUUCUCAGCUGCUAUGUGCUGGCUGGCCACCCUAUUCUGCGCCAUAGUGGUCAAGGACACCACCGGCAAGAGCCUGGUCGAGGUCCACGAGGAGCACUUCUCCGCCGAGACCAACAGAGCAAUAGAGGAGACCUGA